UGGCAGGACGUGUUGAACAUAGUUGGACAAGCAUUGAAGGAGAAUAACAUCACACACAGGAUGCUGCACGCUAACAACAAGUUCCAGGACAACCUCUCAGCAUUCAAACACGACCCUGACAUUAGCGCCCUCUUGCUGCCUGUUAACUCCGGAGCUAAAGGUCUCAACCUGAUAGAAGCAACACACGUCCUAUUGGUCGAGCCAAUCCUCAACCCAGCCAAUCAGCUACAAGCUAUCGGGAGAGUGCAUCGGAUUGGUCAAACCAAGUAA